CCUCCUCCCCGCCACCUGGAGCCCGACGUGGCGUCUCAUUGUCAUCCCGUCCCCUUUGUGCUGUGGCGCAGGACGCGUGUCGGUGCGCACCGGACCAAACAUGGACCGCCGCGGAGCGCGUCCGGCUCCGCGCCGAUGAGGUGGACCGAAGCCCUCCAGCUCCAGGUCUCCGCCGCGGGGCUUUACGCGCGGCACGCAGCGCGGACAGAGCACGGGGACGUAUAGCGGACAGGACCAGGGGGAUGUAGCUCUUUGGGAGGACAAGGAAAGGAAAGGAAGACGAGAAGGAACCUUCAGAUGUCCUCACGGGUCUUCAGCAUCGUGGACCAGAGAUGAAGGUCCAGGUCCACGUGGACCGUCAGAACCAUGAGAACCAACAGAACCAUCAGAACCAUCAGAACCAUCAGGACCGUCAGAACCAUCAGAAACAUCAGAACCAUCAGAACCAUCAGAACCAUGAGAACCAUCAGAACCAGUGGGUCCACUAGAGACCCCGUUGGAGGGACUCUAACGGACGGCUGGAGCUCAUGAAUGGAACGAGGAGCGGCAGCCGAGCGAGUGAUGAGGAGGAGGGCCGAUGGACGCCGCCCAUCCCUCGCUCCGGAGGUGUGGAGUGACAGACGACGGAGGGGUUGACGCGGCGGGAGAGGAAGCGAGCGAGAGGGUCGCCGCCGCCGGUGAUGGGAGACGGAGGGCAGGAGCAUCGAUCAGGGAGGAGAAGAAAUCAACCUGAUCCUCAAGUCCGACCUCAAAGAACAAGACCGUUGCAUCACUUCGGACCUGCUGGACCCAGCAGAAGGUUCUACAGCUGAUAGACGCUCGUCUGCAGGACGACCGCUGAAGACCCGGAGCGGUAGCCAUGGAUACGAGGACCCCGACGUCCAUCUGCACUCUAGAAACUCUCAAACUCUCCUUGACGUGACUGACCCCCACAAAGCAACGCGGGACCUUUGGAGACCACCUUGAGAACUCUUUGAGACCACCUUGAGAAUUCCUCGCCGAUGAUUUAUGGGCAAGAAAUGGGAGAUUCAAAGCUUCGGGAACCAUUUGUUUCUGCUUGCAGCUAGCGAGACUUCAUUGGAAUACAAGAUAAACAAAGAUAUUCCGAUCCCCCGAUCCCCCUUUUCCUCGCCACUCCCCAUCUUCCUCCCCCGAUCUUUCCCCGUUUUGGAAGACCCUCUUCAAAACUCUUCCAUUAAUGCCGACCGCAUUUCUCUCUCCACCGUCCUCCUCCCUCUGCCGGUGAGGCCUCCCCCCCCGUUUAGACUCCUCGUAGGGUACGGGUCUGUCUUUGGGGGAUGGGCGGCCCGGAGAGGGCCCUCCUGGGGGGCUUCAGCACCACCACCUCUUCCCUGGAGGCCAGCGGUCGGAUUGCGUGGCCCAGCAUAAACCCCCUGGACCUCAACCAGACCCUGCCGUGGGGGGUGGGCGGCGGCGGCGGCCUGGACAAUUCCACCUGGGAGUCGGUCACCAGGGCGGCGAUGAAGGAGAAGAACUGGCCGGCGCUGCUCAUCCUCGUCAUCAUCGCGCUGACGAUCGGCGGCAACAUCCUGGUGAUCCUGGCGGUGUCGCUGGAGAAGAAGCUCCAGAACGCCACCAACUUCUUCCUGAGGUCGCUGGCCGUGGCCGACAUGCUGGUGGGCAUCCUGGUGAUGCCGGUGUCCCUCAUAAACAUCCUCUACGACUACGCCUGGCCCCUCCCCAGCGCUCUGUGUCCCAUCUGGAUCUACCUGGACGUGCUGUUCUCCACCUCCUCCAUCAUGCACCUUUGCGCCAUCUCUCUGGACCGCUUCGUGGCGAUCCGGAACCCCAUCGAGCACAGCCGCUUCAACUCCCGCACCAAGGCCAUGAUGAAGAUCGCCGCUGUGUGGACCAUCUCCAUAGGCGUGUCGAUGCCCAUCCCGGUGAUCGGCCUCCACAACGAGGACAAGGUCUUCGUGAACGGCAGCUGCGUCCUCAACGAGGAGCGCUUCAUGCUGAUUGGCUCGUUCGUGGCCUUCUUCAUCCCACUGGUCAUCAUGGUGGUGUCGUACUGCCUCACCAUACAGGUGCUCCAGCGGCAGGCCACCGUCUUCCUGUGCGAGGCCAAGUCGUCGUCCCAGCAGCCUUUGCACACGCCGCCGGUGAUGAAGAACACGCUGCAGCCUCCGCGCAGCAGCACCUUCCUCAUCCCUCAGAUCACCAGGCUCGCCCCUCAAGACGCAGACGAGUUAAAGGCCCCGCCUCCCAGCAGCAGACGAAACACCCUGAGCUGUCUGAAGUGGGAGGAGUCCGGCAUCCGGCUCAGCAUCUCCAUGCCGGACGGCAUCGGCGUCGUCCCCAUCUCGGAGGCGUCGUCUCAGCUCAGCUCGCCGGCCGCCGGGCCGGGGCGGAGCGACGCGUCGGGUUGCCACGGGCGACGGGGCAUGAUGCAGGCCAUAAAGAACGAGCGGCGGGCGUCCAAGGUCCUGGGCAUCGUCUUCUUCCUCUUCCUCGUCAUGUGGUGCCCGUUCUUCGUCACCAACGUGACCUUCGUGCUGUGCCGCGGCUCGUGUGACGAGUCGGUUCUGAACGACCUCCUGAACGUGUUUGUGUGGGUGGGCUACAUCUCGUCGGGGGUCAACCCGCUGGUCUACACGCUGUUCAACAAGACGUACCGCCGCGCCUUCUCCAGCUACAUCCGCUGCCGCUACGCCGCGGACGCCAACGCCGCCGGAGGCAAGACCCUCCUGGUGCCGCCGCCGUCGUGCUCGUCGCACGCCGUGACGCCGCUGCUGGCGGGCGGCCAUGGGAAGGCGGGCGGCGUGGACCGCAACAGCAACUUUCGCAACGGCGGCAGGGGCGUCAACGGGAGGCCGGCGGCGGACCCAGUGGACGCCACGGACGACGAGGCGCACGCGGCGGCGGGGACGGAGGCGCUCGGCGUCUCCGACCGCCGGCUCUCGGAGGCGGAGACGGAGGCGGAGCUCGAGCUGUCGCUCAUCAGCUACGGCCCCGCCUCCAGAGAACACACCAGCAGCGUGUGACCGCUUUAGUUGUUGUUGUUGUCGUUGUUGUUGUUAGACGCCCUGCAGACUAGCUCCGGUUGAGACACCUUAUCCCCGACAGGAAAUGAACGUUCUGGGGCGAAAGCGUUCGGUAGAACAUGGCGAGCCGAGGUCACGGAGUCGAGCGGCGACCACGCCGAAGGUCAACGGGGUCACGCCUUCGCUAAGAGUCCAGAUCCAGUCCCAAAGAUCCGGCUCCACGGGGACUCUCCAAAAACUGAACCAAAUAUAUUUUU